UACACACCCCCGCGCCGCCAAAAGCCGCCACCACCCAGCUCACCGCAUCACACGCAGCAGCGGAAGAAGCAGCAGCAGCAGCAGCAGCAGCAAUGGCGUCGCUCACCAUGAUGGCGUCCCUCUCCGCCGUGGCGCCGGGGCGCGCGGCGGCGGCGGCGCCGCGGCGCGGCUCGCUGGCGGUGGCGAGGGCGGCCGCCGGCAGGGCCGAGUGCCAGCACGAGGCGCACCACUGCGGCGAGGGGUGCGGGUGCAGGGGCGGCGCCGGCGCCGAGGGCCGCCGCGCCGUGAUGUUCGCGGCCGCGGCCGUCGCGCUGUCGGCGAUCGGUGCCGGCGCCAGCGGCGCCAGCGCCGCGUUCGCCGAGUCGGACGUGAAGCGCGGGACGCCCGAGGCGAAGAAGAAGUACGCGCAGAUCUGCGUCACCAUGCCCACCGCCAAGGUCUGCCACAACUGAGCUGUGGUUAGAGGGAAGAGGGGCUAUGGAUGCAGUAAAUACAUGUACGGUUUUUUAAUCUCCUGUCUAUUAAAAAUUCGAGCUCUGAUUAGACUGUCGCCAUGGAUGGCAUCGAAAUCAAGUUGUUGUAAUAUGAUGAUCAUUGCGAAUUCGAGGUGAAACCGUACGUUCUCUUGUUUCGUUCGUUGCGUUGGCGUUGCA